AUGAGCCCGUUUCUUUUUGCUUUUGCUGUUUGGUGUGAUAGGGUUAAUAUUAGUCGCCCAGAUUACGCUGCUUUGCUCGAGGUAAUACACCUAGCACGUGACAACCCGGAUGUUUGGAAACACCUCCCAAAUACGCUCGACACCCUCCAAAACCAUUACCAGGCACAGAUACCCGCACCGCCAAUCUACGAGUGCAAGAUCGAUCUCAGAUUAGAUAAGAUGCCAACGGGUCAAUCAGGGGCUGGUAAAGCCUAUUUUUUUGACCCAAUCGAGCUGACACAGACGAUAUUACGCUCUAAGAUGAGGCAGCACAUGCAUUUUGGUAUGGCGCAAUUGGUGGAGGAGGCGUCAGAAUUGUGGCACGGAGAGGCUUGGGCGGAGUCUAUUCGCACGUGCAGUGGUGUAUUUGCUCGAUAUCCUGACGGCUCUCCCAUAUUUCCUUCUGAUUUUGUCACGUAUCGAGAGUCCAAUAUGCUGCAUGCUGGGCGUGUACGAUGCAUUUACCAAGACAUGCGUACCGCACCUACCGCCGGUGCACCUACCGCCGGUGCACCUACCACCGGUGCGCCUACCACACCCAAUAUCGUCGUAUAUUUAGAGCCCGUCAUGGGAUACGUCGAUUUGGCUGACGAUAUCAAGCCUUUGGUGACGCACCCACCACCCCACCCUGGAGAGUGCUUCCUAAUCGAGGACAUCAGGUUGAUAUCAGCCAAUCAGAUAUUCGCUAGAUUAGGUGAAAACGUCACAUUUGAUCGCGAUUUCCGUGACGACAGAGACCUCGCUGAAGAGGCUGAAUUGCUCGGCAGUCAAGAGGCUGCUAGAGAGGGUGCUAGGUUAGCACGUCAGGCAGCACGUCAAAACGCUGGUAUGCGGGUGAAUCAAGCCCAGGCACCAAAUCAACGCCAGGCACCAAAUCACGGUAUGCCCCCACCUCCGCCUCCAAACCAAGCCUUCAACCCUACCGCAUUAAUCAAUAUACGCAGGGUAAUCAACCUAUCAAAACGCUCGAUUAGGGCAGUACGUCUUACCCACCCAGUCAGGGCAGAGCUCGAAAUCAAGGCGUACGGUAGGCAGGUGCUUGAACGUGAUUUUGUAUCACGUGCAGGGCAACGGCCAAUCAGAUGCAUGCCCCAGAUGACGUUUAUCGACGGUUUUGGCUUAUAUCGCAAUAUGUACAGAUCGCUGACAGGGGUAUAUAUGAUACCGUCUAACCUACCAAUCAGAGAGCGUACCAGGCUCGUUAAUGUCUUUCCCCUGACGCUUGGACCACACGGUAGCGAUUUGCGCGACGUUUUAGGGUGCCUGGAAACGCCCUCCAAAAAGCUCGAAUCCGGGGUAAUAAUGCAGAUUCCGUAUGGCGAAUCGGAGGCGCUAGUGGAGGCGUUUGUGUCGUCAUUUGCGCUAGGGUAUCUAGGUGAUAUGCCUCAGCAAAACGAAUGCGCUGGCUUCCUGCGCCAAAACGCUGCUUUCGGGUGCAGAAGCUGCCUAAUACCAUCAAAAGAAUACGGCAAUUUGGACUACGAUAUCACCAAAAGAGGCAGAUAUCACCACGUGACGCUAGAUAUUAGGACUAAAGCGUCAGAUAUGCCGCCUACUAGGCGCAAAGCGCAUCUCCGAGCGCUGGGUAUCAACGAGCUGCCCUCCCCUGUUUUGACGUCAUUAGCUCCCGCAAUUGACGUGUGUAGGAGCUUUCCGCCUGACCCCCCCCAUGCCGAGAUGUCCGGAAUAGGGCGUUUACUUCAGGAUCUUUUGAUCGACAAUCUCCUGUUGCCCAAUCAACGUGAGGCAUACGCCUCCGUCUUCCGGAAGCAAGCCCUACCACCAGGCUGGUGCAGGGUGCAAAACCCCCUACGUCAUCGCAAUUCCUGGGAUUUGAGCGAGCAAAGCAGGGCUUGUGUCAUAACGGCGAUGGUUUUGCGUACCUGGCUGACAAAUCAACGCCUCCAACCUGCCCUAUUACGUGCUAUCAGAGCAGAGUAUGAUGCAGAAUUGAGUCCUGAUUUGCGCCUAAAAGAGUUCUGCUGA